AUGGCUCUUACAGGAAAGAUUCCCCGUGAAUUUGGAAACUUCUCAUUUCUUGUUUCUCUCGACUUGCGAAGCAACAAUUUCCAUGGAAACUUGCCUCAAGAAAUGGCACGCUUGCGUCGGCUUAAGUUUCUUAGGUUAAGUUUCAACAACUUCAGCGGAAAGGUUCCUUCUUGGUUUGGGUUUUUACACCAGCUUCAAUUUCUAAGUCUUGGGAAUAAUAGUUUCACUGAUUCCAUCCCUUCUUCAUUUUCUAAUAUGUCCACACUUGAGAUUUUGAAUCUGAAUUUCAACUCCAUAGAGGGCCAAAUCCCAGAAGUGAUUGUAAAUAUUAUAAACCUUAGAGUAUUAAGCUUGUGGGGUAACAAGAUCAUAGGCUCUAUUCCUACGUCACUCUCGAAUGACUCGAGGUUGGAGACUUUGGCGAUAUCUGAUAAUUCACUUCAAGGAAACAUUCCAGAAGGGAUCGGCAAUCUUCACAACAUGAAAGUUCUAGACAUACAAUAUAAUCAACUUAUGGGUUCUAUACCAUUUACAAUUUUCAAUAUCUCAAAAAUCGAAGUCAUUGCAUUUACGAUAAAUAGCCUAUCAGGAAGUUUUCCCAAUGGUUUAUGCAAUGGUCUCCCAAAACUCAAAGGGCUUUAUUUAUCGAGAAACAAGUUUCAUGAUCAUAUUCCUGCAAGCUUAACAAAUUGUUCACUACUUCAAGUAUUGGCUUUAUGGGAAAAUGAUUUCACAGGCAACAAACUCACUGGCUUGAUUCCCAAUUCUCUUGGAUAUUUGACUUAUCUACAGUUGCUAAAUUUAGAGGCAAACAAUUUAACCAGCGACUCAUCAUUAGGCUUCCUGACUUACUUAACCAAUUGCAGAAAUUUAACAAUUCUAUCUCUAUAUUUGAAUCCUCUAAACGGCAUGCUUCUUGCCUCCGCGGGGAACCUUUCCACGUAUCUUAGAACAUUUAUCGCCAACAGUUGUAAAAUCAAAGGGCAAAUUCCAAAUGAAGUUGGGUACUUAAGCAGCUUAUUAGACCUUCAUCUUUCUGGAAACAACUUGGCUGGGUCGAUUCCCGCAUCAAUUGGCAACUUGAGAAACCUACAGGGCUUGUUAGUGAGUAAUAACAAACUUACAGGAUCUAUCGGUGAUAAUCUAUGUAAAUUGCAGCGCUUGGAUGUCAUCGAUUUGACUCAAAAUCAACAUUCUGGAUCUCUUCCUAAUUGUUUAGGGAACAUUACUUCCCUUAGAGAGAUACAUGUGGGUUCCAAUAAAUUGAGUUCCAAUAUACCAUCAACCUUAUGGAAUCUUAAGGAUCUAAUGGUUCUUGACAUAUCAUCAAAAAACAUGGUUGUUUCCUUACCUCCAGAAAUUGGAAAACUAAAUGCUGCAACACUUAUAGAUCUGUCGAUGAAUCAAUUCUCAAAUGGAAUUCCAAGAGAAAUUGGAGGGUUGCAAAAUCUAGUGCAGAUUUCUUUGAGGCACAACAAGUUGCAAGGAUCUAUACCUGACUCAAUGAGCAACAUGGUAGGUUUGGAAUUCCUUGACCUUUCUGAUAAUAAUAUAUCGGGAACUAUUCCCAUUUCGUUGGAGAAACUUCAAUACCUCAAAUAUUUCAAUGUUUCUGUCAACAAACUGCAUGGUGAAAUACCCUCAGGGGUCCUUUCAAGAACUUCUCGAGUAUGCUUUUCAUCUACAAUGAAGCACUGUGUGGUUCUUCAAGUAUUUGUUCCUAUCACCUUGGUGUUUUUCUGGAUAAGGUAUAGAAGAGGUAAAAGAGCUCCUCAACAAGCUGAUUCAUUAUCUGCCAUGACAAGAGAAAGAAUUUCAUACUAUGAAUUGCUCCAAGCAACUGAUGCGCUUAGCGAGAGUAAUCUGAUUGGUUCAGGAAGUUUUGGCUGUGUCUACAAAGGCGUUCUCUGA